AUGAUCAUCUCUCCCUCAUUGGUGAUCUGCUCAUCAUCAAAACCACUUUUAUCGAGGUGUGCUCUUUCUCAUCAUGCAAAGUCUAGGAUAUUGAGUAUUGUCUCUCACGGACGGACCGCCGGCAACCCUCGAGCUCAGGCUCAAGCCAAGUUCACCACUUCCGCACGGUUGACCAGGUUCAAGAUACUGUUCUGUGGAUCAGAUGAAUUUUCAGUAGCUUCUUUGAAAGCUGUACAUGACGCUAGAGAUCUAUGGGACUCGAUCGAUGUGGUCGUACCGCCCGAGAGGGAGAUAGGUAGAGGAGGAAAGCAUAACAAGUCUCUUGAGAAGUAUACUCCUGCUCUUCGGCAAUAUGCUCUUUCAAAUGACCUGCCAAGCCACACCGUCCCCCCCGAAGGUAUCAAAUCUUGGACUGCUCCUGGACCAUUUACUACUCCCUCCCCUUCUCAUAUACUAUUAACAGCUUCGUUCGGGCAUAUCAUUCCCUUACGUAUACUAAAGCUGUUCCCCGAGAAUCAUCGGUUGAAUGUCCAUCCGUCUUUAUUACCUCGUUGGAGAGGCGCGGCACCCGUACAGUGGACUAUUGCCAGUGGUGAUGAAUUUACAGGGGUGAGUGUACAGAGGUUGGUGAAGUAUAGUAGAGGGGUGGAUGCGGGGGAUAUAGUAGGUUCAAUAAAAGAUAUCAGGGUACCAAACGAUGCAACCUAUACUACUUUUCUUCCUUAUUUAGCUGAGAUGGGCGGAUCAGUACUAGUGGAUGUAUUGAGGAAGCUGAGAGAUGGAAAUGCCACAUUUACCCCUCAAGAUGCAGCUCUAAUAACGCACGCACCGAAAAUUACCCAUGAGACAGCUCGAAUCAAAUGGGAUGAACAGUCUGCAGACGACAUAGGUAGAUUACAUAGAGGAAUAAAUCAUCAGGUUCACCUUUGGACACCACUUCUAUCCACUACAGCUCAUCUCAUAACCCCCCGACCCCUUCCUCCUUCCGACUACCCUAUAGCGCUAGACGGUGAAAUAGGUAAAGCUCAUCUGAUCAAAGAUGGGAAAUCACGGAGAUUGUUUGUGGCAUGUGCGAGAGGGACGUGGCUGGAAGUGCUGGAAGUUCAAAUGGCCGGGAAGAAACCUUUGAAAAUCAAAGAUUGGUGGAAUGGAUUACCUAAGGAUGUAAGAGAUCGGGGAUGGGUGAAGAUGGGAUGA